GAGAAAGAAAAAGAGAAGUACGAGGAAAAGGAGAAAGAAAAAGAGAAGUACGAGGAAAAGGAGAAAGAAAAAGAGAAGUACGAGGAAAAGGAGAAGGAAAAAGAGAAGUACGAGGAAAAGGAGAAGGAAAAAGAGAAGUACGAGGAAAAGGAGAAAGAAAAAGAGAAGUACGAGGAAAAGGAGAAAGAAAAAGAGAAAUACCAAGAAAAGGAGAAAGAAAAAGAGAAAUACCAAGAAAAGGAAAAAGAAAAAGAGAAGUACGAGGAAAAGGAGAAGGAAAAGGAGAAGGAAAAAGAGAAGUACAAGGAGAUAGAGAAGGAAAAAGAGAAGGAGAAGGAAAAAGAGAAGGAAAAAGAGAAAUGCCAGGAAAAGGAGAAGGAAAAGGAAAAGGAGAAAGAAAAGAAAGCGAAAGAAAAAAAGAAGUCGAAGAAAGAAAAGAAAAUUCGAAAAAAAUAUCGAGGCGAUUACAAUUCUUAUUAUUAG